CAAGUGCAACGACCGCCUCCGGCGGGCCCACUCCGCAAGCCGCCGCUGAUCAGGGGAUCCAGACCUGCGGCAGCGAUCCUUCGCGGCCGAUCGCAGCUACUGGACCGCUCUGGACUGGACUGGACGGGGCUGUACUGGAAGGGGGUGAUGGUGUGGCGGUGGUCCUUGGGCGGGGUCCCACGCUGGAUGCACAGGGCGGCGGCCUCCUGCGGGUUGCAGUUCGCUGACCCCGACCUGGAGCGCGAGUACGAAAACGAGCUGUCCGCCUGGCUGCUGGGCUUCGACAGGGUCUCGCUGCUCGUGCGCAUGGCCGUCGUGUUCACCUUCACCUCGCGCUUGUACUUCAGCGGGGAGCUGGUGGGCGCCCCAGCGCUGGCACAGCUGGGCUUCAUCCUCACGCUGGCGGCGGAGGGGUGCCACAAGAACGGCAUGGCGGCCUCCGCGAGGGCGCCCCGGCGGUGCCGGUCGCUGGCGCUCGACAGGGUUGUGUCGGGGGGCUUGGUCGCCGCGGCCGCGGUGAUCCUCACACCUAUUUCCUUCUCCGGCCUAGAGAUGGACGCCACCAGCGUGGGUUCCGUGGCGUUCUUCAGGACGGUUGACUCCGGGGCGUUCACCAUCCUGAGCAUUUACCCCUACGUGCCCCUGCCCCUGAAGCACCAGCUGCCGCUGAUCGCAUCCAUCGCCGGGUGGCACCUGCUGGUUGGCCAGGACUGCAGCAGGGAGGUGGCGGACCCGGGGGUGGUGAUCGGCCUGUGGCGCGGCCUGUCGGAGGCCUGUCGGCGCCUGCUGAGCGCGGUGCUGAUGCGGGAGGUGGACAGGAGGCCGGCGCCGGAAGCCUUGGGUGCCUGCCUGCACAUGGGGUUCAUGUUUUUGUUCUGUUCACUGCUGGCGUCAGCGUUCACCUGCGCGGUGUUCGAGCACUGGUCGAGGAGCCGGUUCCUGGCGGCGCGCCCGCGCACUGGCGAGAAGUGGACACGCGUGUGGGGGGGGGCUCGCCUGCAUUACCUGCUCUGCCUCGUGGUGUUCGUCGCCCUGGUGUGGGAGGCGACGUCCCCCGCCGAGGAGGCUGUACUUUCGGGCGGCUGCCCGCGCGAGCCUGGUGUCUGUGAAGGAGGUUGUUGCCAGGCCUGGGACGCGGAGGGAGGGGCGAUGAGCGGCUCUCCGGCCCAUUUGGACGCCCGGUCGCCACGUUAG